UCAUCUAUGUUAAUGGACUAUAUCCGCACUGGUAGAGCGGGAGGAUGCUGCUGGGUAAUGACGUGCAGAUCGCAAGUCCUGCUCCUGGUCCCCGGCUUCUGCUUUAACAUCUUCAUCCUGGUGUCGCUGGUGUCCUGUCUGCUCAGCGGGCGGUGCAAGAUAAGGAGCAACGUGGCCAUGUUCAUCCUCGGGAGCACCGGCUGCAACCUCGUCAACCUGAGCCUGUGGCCUAUGACCGUCCACUGGAAGCAGCACGGCCGCUGGCUGCUCGGCUCUCGCUUGUGCGAAUUCAUGGUGAGCGCCAAGCACCUUACCAGCUCCGCUUCCUUCCACUACGUCUCCUUCAUCACCUUCUCCGUUUACCUGACGGUGGUGUGUGACCUCAGGCACCUGGUGAACAGCAGGGUGUUCCUGGCCCUGCAGCUGCUGUUCCCUCUCCUUCCUGUGGGGCUGAAGGAGCUGACCCUGUGGCUCCUGGGCGGCCACGUGGCUCACCUGGAUCCCGUCAACCUCACUUGCUUCUCCUUCAUUAACGACAAAGUGAUGAGGGUCCUUUUGCUGGUGAAGACCGCCUUGUUUCUGCCGUUAAGCCUGUAUUUCUACGCUCACAUUCUGCACACCAUCGUCCAGAGCGCUAAAGUGAUGAACCGGAGCCAGAGAGUCAACGUGCAGCUGGCCAAAGUGUUCAGCCUCAUAUCCCUCAUCACCUUCACAGCACAUGUACCUGGUGCUGUGUUUGCGCUGACGGAGCACCUGUCUGUGUGUGAGGAGAUGGUCAGAGAUCUGCUGCUGGACCUGCCUUUACUCUCCAGCCCCAUCAUCCUGCUCUGUAUGAACAAAGAGCUGAGGAACCAGUGUCUGCUGCUGCUGCAGCGCAACUCCGUCAACCACUACAUGGAGAAAAAAUCUAUCAGCAAGACAGACAAGCAGCACAAUAACCUGACCACGGAAGAGAAACUGAUCCCUAAUUCAUGAGUUUAGGAUUUAUAACUUUAUGAAGUCAAACUUUUCACGGCAUGCUUUAGACUGUAUGUGAAAAGAUACUGGGAUUUUCCUCCAUUAACUUGCCUUCCACCUUGUCAUUGAGGGUGGAUAUAUGUUGAAGUAGAAAAGACAAAACAGCAAAUAAAUAUAUUAA